GGUGAUGGGCAAGUGAGGGGAGAGUUGUUGAAUUGUUAAUGGAAGGUGCCCCCCCAAAGCUCUUCAUUAGGUGAGAGGUUGACUUCUCAUCAAACACAGCCUUCAAACUCUCAAGAAAAUUACAUCUCCGCAUAAUCUACAAGCAAAAGGACUGCUUGUUUUCGCUUCAUCCUCAAGCAAAAACGCAACCACCGUCUUUAACAUUCCCAUACUCCUGAAAGGGAAUCUUCCACUGUCCUCGCGGAAAGCUUUUUCUUUGAUUUCUUUGCUGAUUCCUCCGUCCGAGGGGCUGAAGCCACGUCUAUGGGGAGUGGGACUUGGAUUCUUGCACUUGUAGUUCUUCAGUCUGUCUUUGAUGGGAUCUAUGGCCUGGAGCAGGAGGUCAAUCGCCGGACAGAGAGGAUUUCUGGGAGUGCCGGUGAUGUUCUGGAAGAUGACCCUGUCGGAAGGUUGAAGGUGUUUGUGUAUGAGCUACCCAGCAAAUACAACAAAAAGAUUCUCCAUAAGGAUCCCAGAUGCCUGAAUCACAUGUUUGCUGCGGAGAUCUACAUGCAUCGUUUCUUGCUCUCUAGUCCUGUUCGAACUCUCAAUCCUGAAGAAGCUGAUUGGUUCUAUGCACCAGUGUAUACCACCUGUGACCUAACUCCUAGUGGACUCCCCUUGCCCUUCAAAUCACCUCGGAUGAUGAGAAGUGCAAUAGAGUUGAUUUCCACUAAUUGGCCUUACUGGAACAGAACCGAAGGGGCCGACCACUUUUUUGUUGUUCCACAUGAUUUUGGAGCAUGCUUUCACUAUCAGGAAGAAACAGCAAUUGAACGCGGAAUCCUUCAAUUGCUCAAGCGUGCCACGCUGGUCCAAACCUUUGGGCAAAGAAAUCAUGUUUGCUUGAAGGAUGGUUCCAUCACCAUUCCUCCAUAUGCCCCUCCACAGAAAAUGCAAACUCACUUGAUUCCUCCGGAUACUCCUCGCUCAAUCUUUGUCUAUUUUCGGGGUUUAUUUUAUGAUGUUGGCAAUGAUCCAGAGGGUGGAUAUUAUGCAAGAGGCGCGAGGGCAUCAGUAUGGGAGAACUUUAAGAACAAUCCACUUUUCGACAUCUCUACCGAUCACCCUACUACUUAUUACGAAGAUAUGCAGCGGGCUGUUUUCUGCUUGUGCCCAUUGGGCUGGGCACCAUGGAGCCCUAGAUUGGUAGAAGCAGUGGUGUUCGGCUGCAUACCUGUUGUCAUAGCAGAUGAUAUAGUGCUUCCGUUCGCAGAUGCAAUACCAUGGGAGGAAAUUGGUGUGUUUGUGGCUGAGGAGGAUGUGCCAAAGUUGGACACAAUCCUCACAUCAAUACCGAUAGAGGUAAUUCUAAGAAAACAAAGAUUGCUUGCUAACCCUUCGAUGAAGCAGGCGAUGCUGUUCCCGCAACCAGCCCAACCCGGUGAUGCUUUCCAUCAGAUACUGAAUGGACUUGCUCGGAAGUUGCCACACAAUGAAGGUGUUUUCUUGAAACCAGGUCAGCAAAUUCUGAACUGGACCGCUGGUCCUGUAGGUGAUCUCAAGCCAUGGUAGUGGCAGCUCACAGCCCUCUGCAGUUGCCGCUCCAAGCUGCAUGCUUAAGCUUUGUUGCUCUUAAUUGCUUGAAGUUUACACCUUGUUUUGUUGCCAAACCAUGGCAUUAUCCAUUUUUUGUAGCUUUAGAAUGUUAAAUACCUGAUGCAUGGUAUGUGUUGUAUGACUGAAAUAUGGUGUUAAGCAGUCAAAUAAAAAAGAUGGUAUGAAGAAACUGUCCAAAUGAUAAAAUAUCAUCAUAUCCUUUUAGCU